AGUCGGCCAAAAUACAACGUCAACCUUUGCAUGUCGUAGAACUUAGUGACACAGGUUCAUAGUACAGUUGAUAACGAUAACUUUCUUGUGUACUUUGAACCUCUGCAGAUAUUAUUUCAAUACAGCAGUCUUUGACUCAAAUAUUUGCAACAAUGGCUGUGGCUAAAGCUGUGACAGGUGUUUACAUUGUGGCUGCCAAACGAACUGCCUUCGGUACUUUUGGUGGCAAGCUAAAGAAUAUAUCAGCCACAGACCUAGGUGUCUAUGCAACUCAAGGGGCCUUACAGUCGGGGAAAGUCAACCCCCAGGACAUCAAUUCUGUUGUGUUUGGCAAUGUCAUUGCGUCUGCAAUAGAUGGUAUUUAUGGACCACGUCAUAUCAGCCUUAAGAGUGGCAUCCCAGAGGCUGUUCCAAGUCUCGCAGUCAACAGGUUAUGUGGCUCAGGGUUCCAAGCUGUUGUAAAUGGUGCUCAGGAAAUAAUGUUAGGGGACAGCCAGGUGGUCUUGGUGGGUGGAAUGGAGAACAUGACACAGGUUCCUUAUGCUGUCAGGAACAUCAGAUUUGGAACUAGACUUGGGGAAGAGCUCAAGUUGCAAGACAUGCUAUGGGAAGGAUUAACAGAUACAUAUGUGAAGCUGCCCAUGGGCAUGACAGCCGAGAACCUGGCAGAAAAAUACAACCUUUCUAGGGAAGACUGUGACAAAUAUGCUGUUCAGUCCCAGACUAGGUGGAAGAAAGCAAAUGAAAGUGGAGUGUUUAAAGAUGAAAUUGUGCCUAUUACACUCAAAGGGAAAAAAGGUGAUGAGGUGUUUGAAGUUGAUGAGCACCCCAGGUUAGCGACCCUUGAGGCUAUUGCCAAACUUCCUCCAGUUUUCAAGAAGAAUGGUGUUGUAAACGCUGGAAAUGCUUCUGGAAUUGUUGAUGGAGCCAGUGCUUUAAUCCUGGCCAGUGAGGCUGCUGUAAAAAGAUUAAACCUAACUCCACUUGCCAGAUUGGCUGCUUAUGGAAUUUCUGGUUGUGACCCUAAAAUCAUGGGUAUUGGACCAGUGCCCUCAUCUAAAGCUGCUCUUGCUGUCCUGAACAAAACUGUUAAAGAUAUGGAUGUUGUUGAGGUGAACGAGGCCUUUGCCCCUCAGUUUUUGGCUGUCAGUAAAGAGCUGGGCUUGGACAACGACAAGACCAAUGUGAAUGGAGGCGCCAUUGCCUUGGGUCAUCCCUUGGGGGCCACAGGUGCUAGGAUAACAACGAACCUGGUCUAUGAAAUCAGGCGCAGAAACCUCAAGUAUGCAUUGGGCAGUGCAUGCAUCGGUGGAGGUCAAGGUAUCACAGUUAUUUUAGAGAAGGUCUAACUUUGUUGAACUGUUUAACUUUGGUUGUUUUUUUUACAUUUUUAAUGUAUAAUUUCAAAUGGAGAAUUUAUGUUAAUCACGACCUUUAAAAAUGUAGGCUUUCAUUAAUUUCAUGCUAUUCUAUCGAUUAGUUUGAAACUGAAAAAUAUUUAUAAAUUGUAUGCACACGUUUCCAUAAAUACCUGCCCGCAAGGUUUUUUAUGGAUUGUUUGUAUUUUGUGAUAAGACAAUAGAGAAGUCGGUUCUUUUAAGACUUCUAUUGCUCUAAAAAUAAUAAACAAAAGUAAUCAAAUUUAAAUGGC